AUGCCUGCCCCAACUGAUAAGACCAAUCUUCCCAUCCGUACCAAGAUGGAAGAAUUAAUCAAACGUAAGCAAAAGGAAAUUGUUGCUGGUUUGGAAACUUUAGACACUGUGAAAUUUCAUGCAGACUCUUGGGAACGUGGUAAUGAUGGUGGUGGUGGUACCUCUAUGGUUAUUCAAAACGGUACUACUUUUGAAAAAGGUGGUGUCAACGUUUCUGUUGUUUAUGGUAAGUUAACUCCAGAAGCUAUUCUUGCUAUGAAGAAUGACCAUGCUGAUUUGAAAUUGCCAACUGAUGAAAAGACUGGUUUACCAGUAGCUGACGGUGUUAAAUUUUUCGCUUGUGGUUUAUCCAUGGUUAUUCACCCACACAAUCCUCAUGCUCCAACUACCCAUUUGAAUUACCGUUAUUUCGAAACUUGGAACCCAGAUGGUACUCCACAAACUUGGUGGUUCGGUGGCGGUUCUGAUUUAACACCAGCUUACUUAUAUGAAGAAGAUGCUGAAUUAUUCCACAACAAUCAUAAAUUAGCCUUGGAUAAACAUGAUAAAGAAUUAUACCCAAAAUGGAAAGCUUGGGCUGAUAAAUAUUAUUACAUUCCUCACAGAAAUGAAACUAGAGGUAUUGGUGGUACUUUCUUUGAUGAUUUCAACGAAAAAGAUCCAAACGAAAUCUUGAAGAUUGUUGAAGAUUCCUUCGAUGCCUUCUUACCAUCUUAUUUGCCAAUCGUUGCUAGAAGAAAGGAUAUGGAAUUCACUCCAAAGCAAAAGGAAUGGCAAGCUAUUAGACGUGGUAGAUAUGUUGAAUUCAACUUAAUCAUCGAUAGAGGUACUCAAUUCGGUUUAAGAACCCCAGGUUCCAGAGUUGAAUCUAUCUUGAUGACUUUACCUGUCCAUGCUUCUUGGAUGUAUGAAUACCACCCCGAAAAGGGAUCUGAAGAAGAAAAGUUGAUCUUGGCUACUACUACCCCAAAAGCUUGGGCCACCAAAUAG